UGCGCUGAGAGAGAAUACAAGUAAACGAUCUCUCAAAAGCCGUACACGUCACCUCUCAAAUGCCAGUUUCCAAUUCCUUCUAAACUCUUUCCCUAUAAAAAUUCCCAAAUUUUCAUCACUCUCACCUCCAAACAAAAUGCGCGUGAGCAACAAUCUGGUGGGAAUUCUGAACCUGGUGACGCUGCUGCUCUCGAUUCCGAUAAUCGGCGGCGGGAUAUGGCUCUCCAAGCAGGCGGACACCGAGUGUGAGCGCUUCCUCGACAAGCCGGUGAUCGUGCUCGGGGUUUUCGUACUGCUCGUUUCGAUCGCCGGGCUGGUGGGGUCGUGCUGCCGCGUGACGUGGCUGCUGUGGGUGUACCUGCUGGUGAUGUUCCUCCUCAUCCUCCUGCUCUUCUGCUUCACGAUCUUCGCCUUCGUCGUCACCAACAAAGGCGCCGGCGAAGCCCUCUCCGAUAAAGGAUACAAGGAGUAUCGCCUCGGCGAUUACUCCAAUUGGCUGCAGGAUCGAGUCAACGGCAAUUGGGGGAAGAUCCGGAGCUGUUUGGAGGAUAGCAAAAUUUGCCAGAAGCUGCUCACCGAUAGCUCAACUCCUGCUGCGGAUUUCUACAAGGAGCAUCUCUCUUCGCUUCAGUCGGGAUGCUGCAAGCCGUCGAACGACUGUAACUUCCAGUACAUCAGCCCGACAAAUUGGACAGCGGGCACGACCCCGGCAUCAGGGAAUCCAGACUGCGGGAGAUGGAGUAACGAUGCGAAUAAGCUGUGCUACGAGUGCAACUCGUGCAAGGCGGGGCUGCUGGAUAACAUAAAGAGUGAUUGGAAGAGGGUGGCAGUGAUCAACAUAGUGUUCCUGGUGUUUCUGGUGAUUGUCUACACGGUGGGAUGCUGCGCCUUCAGGAACAACAGGGAAUACUAUUCUUAUAAAUGAUAUCUUAAAAACUAGAAACAAACAAACAUAUCAUCUGGCUUUGUAUUAACAAACAUAUCAUCUGGCUGGCUUUGUAUUCUUGGUUUUAUUAGGUGUGCAGUGUAGUGCAUUUUUUCUUUCUUUUUUUUCUUUUGGUUUCCUUGUUAGACUUGUAUUAUUCUAUUACUCCUUACAUAUUGUGCACAUUUCAUUCUAUAUAAAUCUAGUUUUGUGAA